CUCCUAUGAGUAAUGUAAUAAGAGCAGAGGCUCACACAGACCGGUCUGUUUGUCACAACGACUGAGUGAGUGAGUGAGUGAAGCAGCAGCUGAAACAGACGACCACAAGGACUCAACUCCAACACCUACUGAAAGCUCGUCGCCCUGGAGACGACUGAGAAACCUGAAUAAGGAGGCGAGGAGGACCCCCCCCCAGCAGACAGACAGACAGACGCAGCAGAGCUCAGAGCGGCAUGGACCACCACGCCAAAGUGGAACGUUUCCUCAAACUGGGAUACUCCCACAGCGACAUCCUGCGGGUUCUGGAGAGCCUCCGCCACGACGCCCAGACCAACGACAUCCUGGAGGAGCUGAUCAAGACCUGCCAUACUCGGACGUACACCAACAAAAGUCUGCCCAACAGUCCCAAACUGGUGCCCAGAGGCUGCAGCCCGGCUCCCAUCCAGCCCAGUCCAGGACCGGGAACAGGACCGGGAACAGGACCAGGACCGGACCGAGAGCCAGCUGCUGGAUUCAGACCGGUGGUUAUAGAUGGAAGCAACGUGGCCAUGAGCCAUGGAGACAAGAAGGUGUUUUCAUGCCAGGGCCUCCAGCUGGCAGUGGACUGGUUCUGGGACAAAGGGAUACGGGACAUCACUGUUUUCGUCCCUCUGUGGAGGAAAGAGCAGCCGCGGCCUGAGGCGCCCAUCACUGAUCAGCAUAUUCUCCAUGAACUGGAGGGGAGAAAGAUCCUGGUGUACACACCCUCCCGUUGUGUGAAUGGUAAGAGGGUGGUGUGUUACGACGACCGCUACAUUGUCAAACUGGCGUGCGACUCGGACGGCAUCAUCGUAUCCAACGACAACUACCGUGACCUGCAGACAGAGAAUCCCCAGUGGAAGAAGUUCAUAGAAGAGAGGCUCCUCAUGUACACCUUCGCCAAUGACAAGUUCAUGCCUCCAGACGAUCCUCUGGGCAGAAAUGGACCAACCAUCGAUGACUUUCUACGAAAGAAGCCGUGGAACCCAGAGAACAACAAGCAGCAGCACUGUCCUUAUGGAAAGAAAUGCACUUACGGAGUUAAGUGUAAGUUCUACCACCCGGAGCGGACCAACCAAUCACAGCUGUCCGUAGCUGAUGAACUGAGGGCGCUAAGAGACAAAGCCAAAACGCUUCCGUCCAAUCAGAGCCUCCCGGACUCACAGUGGGGCGUCGGUGUUUAUCAGUCCGACGACCAGUGUCAGCGGGCUUCCCCCACCUGUCUGACCCCGCCCAACGCCCACCGCCACCACCGCCUCAGCCCGGACGUAGAUGAGGCCUUCAGUUCCCUGGACAGCAGCUUGUCCCGCCUCUACAUCCAGGACGGGCCCUUCAGCGUGGAGCGGCCCCCGCACAGCUACAGCAGCGGGGUGGCCAGCUACAGCCUCAGCCACGACGGGCCCUACAGCGGGAGGCACAGUCUGGACGGAGGGGGCUUCUACCCCCAGCAGAACGGCUCCAGGUCCGGGCCCGUAUGCAACCAGUGCAGCUGCAGUCAGACCAGGAUACCAUCCGCCCCCCCAGGCUGGGGCUCCUGCCCGGCCCUACCCCCGCACAACAGGGACUGCACCGGCUACUAUUCAGACAAGCACUUCUACAGGCAGACGGGUCCGUCCAAGGGACAGUCCAGCAGCCUCCCCAGGGACCCGUGGGUGGACCCCCAGCAGAGCAGAAGCAGGAGUCCAGGGGCCGAGCAGAGGAAGGCCCUGAGGAGCCAGCUGAGCACCCUGUUCCCCCAGAGCAUGGUGGAGCAGGUCAUGAACGCCUACCCCCACGUUUCAGACAUGUCCCAACUCAUCUCACUCAUUCAGAGAUACAGGAGCAGUCACAUGACCUACUAAAGGAGUCACAUGACCUACGAAAGCAGUCACAUGACCUACGAAAGCAGUCACAUGACCUACAAAAGGUGUCACAUGACCUACUAAAGGAGUCACAUGACCUACGAAAGGAGUCACAUGACCUACAAAAGGUGUCACAUGACCUACUAAAGGAGUCACAUGACCUACGAAAGCAGUCACAUGACCUACGAAAGGAGUCACAUGACCUACGAAAGCAGUCACAUGACCUACGAAAGCAGUCACAUGACCUACGAAAGGAGUCACAUGACCUACAAAAGGUGUCACAUGACCUACUAAAGGAGUCACAUGACCUACGAAAGCAGUCACAUGACCUACGAAAGGUGUCACAUGACCUACGAAAGCAGUCACAUGACCUACGAAAGCAGUCACAUGACCUACGAAAGGUGUCACAUGACCUACGAAAGGUGUCACAUGACCUACGAAAGCAGUCACAUGACCUACUAAAGGAGUCACAUGACCUACGAAAGCAGUCACAUGACCUACGAAAGCAGUCACAUGACCUACUAAAGGAGUCACAUGACCUACGAAAGCAGUCACAUGACCUACGAAAGCAGUCACAUGACCUACUAAAGGAGUCACAUGACCUACGAAAGGAGUCACAUGACCUACGAAAGCAGUCACAUGACCUACUAAAGGAGUCACAUGACCUACGAAAGCAGUCACAUGACCUACGAAAGCAGUCACAUGACCUACGAAAGCAGUCACAUGACCUACGAAAGGUGUCACAUGACCUACAAAAGCAGUCACAUGACCUACAAAAGGAGUCACAUGACCUACUAAAGGAGUCACAUGACCUACGAAAGCAGUCACAUGACCUACGAAAGCAGUCACAUGACCUACGAAAGCAGUCACAUGACCUACGAAAGCAGUCACAUGACCUACAAAAGCAGUCACAUGACCUACAAAAGCAGUCACAUGACCUACUAAAGGAGUCACAUGACCUACGAAAGCAGUCACAUGACCUACGAAAGCAGUCACAUGACCUACAAAAGGUGUCACAUGACCUACUAAAGGAGUCACAUGACCUACGAAAGGAGUCACAUGACCUACGAAAGGUGUCACAUGACCUACGAAAGCAGUCACAUGACCUACGAAAAGCAGUCACAUGACCUAC